AUGCGACUACCAUGUGUCUCUAGGGCACUAAGACCGAGACAAAGGCAAUUGAUAAUUCUCCUCAAUGGUCAAAAACGUACAUACACCGCUGCCGUGCUUGGCGGUGGCAUCACAGGCCUCACAACCGCCUGGCAACUCGCGCAAGACCCCACAUGCCGAACAAUCAACCUGUUCGAGAAAACGGACCGGCUCGGUGGUUGGAUCAACUCCGAAACGGUCCCUGUCGAUGGUGGUAAUGUCGUGUUCGAGUAUGGGCCGCGGACGUUAAGGAGCUCGCUGCCAGGAUCACUCCCUCUGCUUUACCUAGCUAUAAAUCUAGGCUUGUACAAUGACCUCAUUGUUACCCCGAGCACGAGCCCCGCAGCCCAGAAUCGCUACAUCUACUACCCAGACCGUCUCGUUCGCAUGCCGACACCGAAACCUAAACUUUCUUUUGGGCAGAACUUCGACAGCUUUGUGAAUACUAUGAAGGAGCCAGUUUUCAACAAAUUUAUUCCGGGAAUGGUGAAAGACGUCUUCACUCCCCCUCGGCACCCAACUGAAUGGGCGGAGGAUGAGUCAGUUGCGGAUUUCAUCGGACGUCGUUUUGGCCCCAACAUUGCAAACAACAUAGUCUCCGCUGUGUUUCAUGGAAUUUAUGCUGGUGAUAUAGAUCGAUUGAGUGCCCAGACAUUGUUGGGUAGCGUCCGCAACCUUGAGGGAGGCAUUGGGGGCAUUGGCGGGUUGGUCUCUGGUGGAGUUACGGCAUCUCUUAUCUCCAGGUCGAUCUCCAAAACAAACUCUCGAAAUUUGGAUGAUUUUAUGGCUAUCGAUGUCAUGCCUGCAGGCCCUGAAUUAGUGCGCCGUCAGCAAGAUUUAGAAGUCCUCGCGGCUGGAGCUACUACUUUCACAUUUAAGAGGGGAGUUGCCCAGCUUAUUGAAGCACUGAUCGCUUCUUUGGAAGCAUCCGGCAAAGUCCACUUCCGAAUGAACACGGACGUCAAAGCUUUGAGUGCAUGGGAAGGUUCAAGCAGGAUUGCGAUGGAAUAUUGGUCAGCCAGGCACGGUCAAAACAAGACGUUUGACUAUGAAUAUGUCAUUUCUACUAUCCCCCCAGUUGCACUUGCGAACGUCUUGCGCAAACCCGAGCAGUCACAGGCCAAGCUGAGCCCUGUCGGCUUGACCCCAUCUCUACUACGCAAACAGGACUACGCCGUGACGGUAAUGGUCGUUAAUCUCUAUUACCCAAACCCCAACCUUCUACCCGUGGAAGAUGGCUUUGGGUACCUCAUACCGCGAUCGAUACCCUAUGAGCAAAACCCAGAAUGUGCACUUGGUGUCAUCUUCGCCUCGUCCUCUAGUGUAGGGAACGGAACGGAUCCUUCGUCAUCUGAACUCAGCCAAGAUUCCGCACCUGGAACCAAACUUACCAUCAUGCUAGGUGGACAUUACUGGGAUGGCUUUGAAGAGUAUCCAGACCAUGAUACCGCAGUGAAAAUGGCCCGCGACAUACUCAAGAGACACAUGAAUAUCACUGAUGCCCCAACUGUUGCGCGGAGUCGUCUCCAGAAGGAUGCUAUUCCUCAGUACACAGUCGGCCAUCUGGACCGCAUGUAUACGCUCUCGAACACAGUUCGCAAGGAGUACCACAACAGGCUUAUUCUCGCGGGAAACUGGUAUAAUGGCGUGAGUGUGGGUGACUGUGUCAAGCAGGGCAUCCUAUCUGCCACUUACGGCAUUGGAAGGAAUAAGCUCAAUGAUGAGCCCAGUCCGUGGCGCCCGUGGACUUCCUUUGAUUAUAGACGCUGGAGACUCGAGGGUGGCAUUGUGACGUCUCCUGUUCGUCUGGUUGACUCCAAAAUCUGA